AUGACUGACCAGCAAAUGGAUUGUGCGUUGGACCUAAUGCGGAGGUUGCCUCCGCAGCAGAUCGAGAAAAAUUUAACAGAUUUGAUAGACUUGGUGCCUAGUAUGUGUGAUGACCUACUAUCCUCUGUGGAUCAGCCAUUAAAGAUUGCCCAAGAUCGUAGUACUGGCAAAGACUACCUUUUGUGCGACUACAAUCGUGAUGGCGACUCCUACAGGUCUCCAUGGUCAAACACCUAUGAUCCACCUCUAGAAGAUGGAUCUAUGCCCUCAGAGAGAUUGAGGAAACUAGAAAUAGACGCAAAUCACGCAUUUGACCAAUACAGAGAGAUGUAUUUUGAAGGUGGUGUAAGCUCUGUUUACUUGUGGGACAUGGAUCAUGGAUUUGCCGGUGUAAUCUUGAUAAAGAAAGCUGGUGAUGGUUCUCAAAAGAUCAAAGGAUGCUGGGAUUCUAUCCAUGUUGUUGAAGUGAUAGAAAAAAGCUCAGGUCGUAAUGCACACUACAAAUUGACUUCCACUGCCAUGUUAUGGCUGCAGACUAACAAGGAGAGCAGUGGUACAAUGAACCUUGGUGGCAGUCUUACUAGACAAGCAGAGCAGGAUUCAGCAGUGAGUGACGUGACGCCGCACAUCGUGAAUAUCGGUCGCAUGGUCGAGGAUAUGGAAAACAAGAUCAGGAAUACACUCAACGACAUUUAUUUCGGUAAAACGAAGGACAUAGUAAACGGGCUCCGUUCGGUGGUGCCGGCCGAGGUGGCGCGGCGCACGGCCGCGCUGCAGCACGACCUCGCGCUCGCGCUCCAGCGGCGCCACGUGGCGCGGGACGACUGA